AGCUAGAGGAGGAAGAAAAUUAUUUCACUUGUUAAGAGGAAGUGAGAUGGAAUGUAUUGUGUCCGUAAAUUUUCUCGAUACUGUUAUACUAUAAAUAAAUAUUUAUCACCGGAUAUUUCGUAUCCCUUUUGGAAUAAUUUGCUUUACCAUAAAAACAAAAGGAAUUCGAGCAUACUUUUCAGAGCUGCUUAUUUGCAUGGAAUAGAACAAACCAUUACAAUACUGUGUUUUCAUUGAGAUAUUUUUCACUAUGAAACAUCUGUAUUGUCUUAUUUUAUGGAUAAGCUUUGUUUCAAAUACUGACUGUUUCGUCAGUAACUGUAGGAGUAAAUUUGGAAUCUUCAAACAAGGCGACUUUUAUUUUCAUGCGUGUGCCUGGUGCUACUACUUUCUAUUUCCUAACGGAAAUCUCAAACCUCACACAAAUAAUCGCGACUUGGUGAGUAAAGCAAACGGAUCAAGCUAUAAUAAUGGUGAAAACAUUGUCCCUGAUAUUGACAACAGUACUGCAGUAGAAAUAAUCUGUUCAACACUUACAACAGAUGAAUGUAACAGGUGGAUAUCAUGCUGUUCUGCUGGCCGGAAGUGUUGUAAACACCAGCUAAGUUCACGCGCUGAUGACGUCAAUGAAACAUGUGCUUCAACAUGGGAUGGAUACGCUUGCUGGGAUUCAGGGACUCCAGGACGCACAAGUACUGUCCCGUGUCCGGAUUUCCUACAAUACUCAGUGCCUACAAGGUCUGCGUUGAAGUCAUGUCAGCUUGACGGAACAUGGUUGAAGAAAGGUCCACAUGACUGGACAGAUUACACACCUUGCCUAAAUUAUCAGGAGCUGAAGAUUUCCAUAUAUAUCAGUCUAGGCUGUCAGAUAGCCAGUCUCCUGUGCCUCGUUCCCUCAGUUAUCAUCUUCGUUCGUUACAAGUCUCUCAUUCACCAACAUCGGAUCCGUCUACAUGUUAACUUCUUUAUUAGUUUGAUUCUUAGUGGCGUAUUUACUAUACUAUGGAAUACCGUUGUCACCUAUGACAGAAUCACAAACAGUAAAGUUUCGGAAACGAUGCUGUAUAAAAAUUCAGCGGAAUGCAAAGUACUAUCGUAUCUGAAGCUGUAUUUUACCAGCACUAACUAUAUGUGGAUGUUCUGUGAGGGACUGUAUCUACACAGACUUACUGUUAAUGCAUUUUCUCCACCUAAACGACUUCUUCCAUUUUAUGUCUUAGGAUGGGGGAGCCCAUUCAUUUUCACAACAGCUUAUAUGGUCGUCAGAAUCACUCAAGCUGACGAAAGUUGUUGGGCAAAAAGUAUCGGCGAGAAGCAAUGGAUAAUUUACACUCCUAAUCUCUUCUGUCUUGCAGCCAAUAUAUAUUUCCUGUGCAGUAUACUUCGCAUUCUUCUAACUCAACUGCAAGUACAUCCUAACGAACCGAGUAAUUUCAGAAAAGCUUUGAAGGCAACAUUCAUACUGAUACCAUUGUUUGGAGUGCAGAUUUUUGUCUUAAUCUAUAGACUACCUGCAGAUUCAGCCGGGUUUUAUAACUACGAGAGGUUCUCAGAGUUUGUUACAAACUCACAGGGAAUGUUCGUGGCUGUUAUCUUUUGCCUUUGUAAUGGUGAGGUAAUAAGCAUUUUAAGAUAUACACAUAGAAGACGUCGAGAAACAAGAGACCUACUGGGAUCAAAGAAACCUAACUCUGCAACCAGCCUUAAUAUGAACACAAUUACUUCUAGAUAUAAUACGUUAGAUAGGACUUCUCCGAAUAAAUAUAUCACUUUGAAUGGAACCAACGAAGCUACUGCAGUAUAAACAUAUUUCACAAUAAAACUCCAAACGAUAUGCAACAAUACUUACAUACAUUUUGUCACGUACUGGUUGGCGACCCAGAUUCGGACAAUUUUACAUCCUUUUCAUCUGUCAUUGUUUCAUUUUUAAUGAUCUAUGAAAUGUUACCUGAAUAAAGUUCGGUUCCUCUGUGUCACUAAACGCGAUUUUGUUUGUAUCUAAAAAUAAACUGAACACGUCAAUGAGGCCCGAAAGAGGGUACGUAAAUGUAACGUUUUUAGCGUGUUGCAGGACCCAAAAAUCGGACAGGAAAAAGGCGCUAAUUGUCGUCACUUCUGUUGCGCAGAUUCACUUUUAGGUCGGCGUUAAUGACAAAAAGACAU